UGUGUUAGGAACAAUGUCUACUACACCCCUUAUUAGCUUCUGGCCUCUUUUUUUCUCCCCCUAGUCAGACAAAAGAUGGCCUUCUAUAAAGGACAAGCUUCUAAGUCCUGCUUGCACGCUUGCACGUCGUCCAAACACUAUCAAGAAGCUCACUAAAAACUUAGCAGCACAGCACUAUACAUCCCCGCUAAAGAACGGAUCCAAUACCUAAUUUCACUUCAUUUCUACCUACACUCAGCUGUUUCGAUAAGCCAUCAUGGAUUACAACCACUUCGAUCUGCAUCAUCCUUUACCCGUCACAGACAAUGACAUCUCCAAUGUCUACAACCCUCUUUUGGGCUUUGCCGACGACGGCAGUAGCGAAGCAUUAUCCAACGUCCUUGGACAGUCACACGAAUCUACCAACCAAGAGCUCGAUAUCACUAGCUCUUACCCUAUCGCCAAUUCUUACACGUGUAUGGACUCUCCACCGUUUGUAAUGGAAGGCUUAUCUGGUUAUGACUGGUCUCAGCACAUCCCUCCCACUACCGGCCACUUCCAGGACCUUCAGGACGAGGGAGUUAUGCAAUCUUUGGAGGGCGUGGAUGGAAACACCAUCCCGGUCCUUGACACGGUCUAUCACGACAAUUUGUCUCAGCCUUCUGCUCCAGCCCCUCCUCAAACCGUCAACUUAACGUCCCUAGAGCGUCCCACCGUUCGGGUUCUGGAAUCAUCUUCCAUUAACCCCGGCAGCCUGCCCUCCUCCACCCCAGACACCACAUCCCGUACCCCAUCUCCAUCAGGCAAUGAAGGUCGCAGCCCCAACACCCGCGCGACUGCUCGCUAUCACUGCACCGACUGUGGUACCUCUUCGCAGACAAAACGGGACCACGAGCGCCAUCUCACAACCAAGAAACAUCAGAAAAAGACUAGCGACGGCAGCGGGAGCGGGAGUGGUGCCGCCGUCCCGGGAUUCCACUGCCUAGCGCAGGGUUGCGAAUACUCCCAUGAAGGCGGGAAGACUUUCACUCGCGAGGACAACUUGUGGAGGCAUAUGAAGACUGCGCAUCCUAUCAGGUCGACAGCGUGAGGAUCGAAGUGUUCUGCAAUGCCUGGAUGCUAUAUAAACAUCGUUAGAAGUUGGAUGUCUUAUUUUUUUAAAUCACUAUACAGCUGGCUGUAUUCCAUUUUCCUUCUACAAUCUCUUUUUCUACCUACGUUAGGCUCCUAUAUUGUCUUCGCUUAUCCCCUCUACUGUUUGUCUUUCUUUCCUGUCUGCAUCUGUUUCAGUUACCUGUGACCAUAAUUCCUUUGUUCAGCGAUGAGACGAUGCUAUUAUACACAUGUCGUUCAGAGAAUUGGAAACUAUACUUAGAGUGUUGGUUAAUACUUUUCCUGUCUGCUUUAUAUUACGGAACGUUAAUUGAUAUUGAUUGCAUCCUACA